GCCGAGCGGGUCUCCGGAGAGACCGGGUCAGCGCCGCCCCCGGGGGAGAGGAGAGCGAGGCAGCGGCCCGGGGGAGGCGGAGAUUCCUCUUCCAUAGGUCAAUAAGGACUUGAUGACAUGAAUCUAGAAAUUUCCAGGAUGGCACACUCUUUGAAUGAAUGGCUAUGGCAGCACGAGUUCUGGCUCCCCCCAGGAAUUACAUGGGAGGACAUGAAGGAGUCUGAAGACAUCCACUACCCUAAGCCUCGUGAUCUCCUGCUCAGCAUCCCUUUUGCCUUAAUCCUGGUUGUCAUUCGAUGUGUCUUUGAAAGAGCCAUAGCCCUGCCUCUCAGUGCCAAACUAGGUGUGAAGGACAAGUUGAGACCUAAAGCUCAGCCCAUCUCCAUUCUGGAAACAUUCUACACUGUGAAUUGUAGGAACCCUAAAGAGGGUGAGCUGAUCAGUUUAGCCAAACAAUGUGACCUGCCAGUGAGAAAGGUGGAGAGGUGGUUCCGGCGCCGGAGGAACACCGACCGACCGAGCCUGUCGAAGAAGUUCUGUGAGGCCUGCUGGAGGUUUGCGUUUUACAUCAUUUCUUUCUUCACUGGGCUGGCUGUACUGUAUGAUAAGCCUUGGCUUUGGGACCAUAGAGAGUGCUGGACAGGUUACCCGCAACAGCCUCUCCAGCCCUCUCUGUUCUGGUACUACAUGCUGGAGCUUUCCUUCUACUGCUCACUGGUCUUCACCUUGCCCUUUGAUGUGAAGAGGAAGGACUUCAAGGAGCAGAUAGUCCAUCAUGCUGCAACCAUCUUCCUGAUCAGUUUCUCAUAUUGUGCCAAUUACAUCCGCAUUGGGACACUGGUGAUGGUGAUUCAUGAUGCUUCUGAUUGCUUCCUAGAGCCAACUAAGAUAUUCAAUUACAUGAAGUGGAAAAAAACCUGUGACAGCCUCUUUAUGAUCUUCUCAGCUGUCUUCCUCAUCAGCCGCCUGGUCAUUUUCCCCUACACAGUGCUCUAUAACACCUACUACUACUCCAUGGAGAUAUUCCAGCCCUUCUUUGGAUACUACUUUGUGAAUGCUCUCCUGAUAACUCUACAGUUGCUUCACAUCUUCUGGUCCUGCCUCAUUAUUCAUAUGGUCUACAAGUUCAUGCUCCAGGGCACGAUGGAAAAGGACAUGAGAAGUGAAACAGAAGAGAGUGACGUGGAUGAAGAAAGAGAAAACAUGAUGGAAAAAGAGAAAAAUGGGAUUGCACGUUUCAGCAAUGUCACGAGCAGCAAUGACAUCCAGAGGAAUGGGUCUGAGCCACUGAACAGCAGAGCCCAUCUCACCAAUGGCCACGUCAAGGAAAGAUAGCCCUCUUUGUGUCUGUCAUGAAUCCGGUCCACCAUCUUUAGAAGCAGUUUUGCUUGUUGUAUAGAUACAAAAGAUUGCAAUUGCAGUAUCAUAACUAAAUUUGUUUUUAUUGUAAACAGAAUUGUGUACAGUUAGUGAUAUCUGAGGGGAGUUUUUGGUCUUUCUUCAACGUAAGUUUUCUGUAGGUUGUAGCCUUGAGGCAAAUAGAAGGGGAUCCAGGUGGUUUGACUUAAACUAGACAAUAUCACAGCAGGUGUUAAACAUGUUGAUCUUGAAAAACACUCAGAACAGUGGAUGAUGUUGGACAAUGUCACCUCUUAACUGCCUAAUGCUGUUUGAUAGGAAUCUAUUUGGAAUGGCCUCUGGAAGCCAAAGCCCACUGCCACUAAUGACUAUGGACAGGAAGUGUGAAACUCUAAACCUUAACACAGGGACACUUCAAGAGCAGAGGUGCCCAAUACGUACUCAUAACAUUGAAACUGUGUAUAGUGGUAUAAAAGCUUUGGAAAGAUACAGGAGAAAACAUUUUCGUACAGGAAAUGCUGCUGUGUGCCAUGUGACUGGUUUUGUAACGUAUGGAUCUCAGUCCCUUCUCUUGUCAGCACUGUUGCCUCAAAGGGGGGGAACUCCAAAGGCUGUAAUGAAGAGAGUUCCCACCCCAGUCGUGGUUGUAGGGGCUAGAAAAUCCAAGCAGUUGUGUCUCAGCUGUCAGAUAAUGAAUCCCAUCUUGGAAAGUAACAAUUUCAGGAGAAGAGGGGGGACAAGGAAAUUGAUAUUCUAGAGGACAACACCGAUCCAGUGCUCAUGUUUUUAUGUAGGAUGAUUGGCACAGUGGGAGAUAUUUGCAGUCAGCUUGUGGUAAGAAGGGAAUAGAACACCCCUGUUCUCAGAGGGAGAAGAAUCAGAGAAGAUCUGCUGAACUUCAUGGCACAAUGCUUUAAUUUAGGCUUCUAAUUCUGGGGCCGCUGCCUAGAUGUGCUGGGAGUUUAAAGCAGUAGGCAGUGAAGUCAUGAUGCAAUUCUGAUUCAUUCCUUUAGACGUUUUGUAUCUUAUAUCCUGUGUAGUUUUAGACUUUUGAUUCUGUAAUGCCUUAGGAGAGUUAAAUAGGUAUGGCACAGAUUUCUGUCUUAUAGAUCUAUUAAACUAUGAAACCACAUUACUAACAGAUUUGCUGUUACAAUAGCAGGGACUUAGUCUGUGCAGGCCAUGCAGACGCUUCCCUGUCUGUGCCUGGCAAGGUCCAGUGCUAACUGAUGGACACGGACCAAGGAAAUGCCCAAUUCUAGGAGGUGGUGCACAUUUAUAAAGUUAAGAGGCAAAUGACAGUCUAGUAGGAUGACGGUUUUCAGCAGCUCACCAAGUUCACCUGAAAUAUGACUGGGGAAGCUUUGAUUUUAGCCUUUGGUCUUAGGUUUCAAUCAAAAUAUAUUGGAUAACUUCAGAGGGAAAAGUGGUUCCAGCACAGGUGAUUGAUUCCAGGGCAGUGACAUACUCAGAGCAGAGCAUCUCUUCCUGCAUCAUCAUUUCAUGCGGAUCAUUAAAUCCAUGUUUGUUGAAGACAGCUUCUCUCUGGAUGUUGGGGUAAUUUAGAGUUCAGAGUACAAUUUCUGUAUACGGUCAUGUUUCUGUAAUCCACAUGUGCAAUCUUGCCACUCCUCUGCAGGCGGUGAGCUCAGGAGGAAUGGUUAUGUAUCAUUUUGUACUACUGAAUGUAACAGUUCUUUGUAAAUUACUUUUG